CUCUGUCUCAGUUUCUAUUCAACUGCAAUCGCGGAAGCAUGGCGAGAUCAGAGCGUUCGAAGCUUGUUAUCAGACUACUAUGUAGUCUUGGUUGCCUGCUAAUCAGCUUAACCUUGACAGAUUCAGCCCAAAGCCCCGGAAGAUCGGCUUCUCAGUCUCAGUUCACCGUAGAAGCGGUGGAGAGGCUAUACAACAGAGUCCUGGACUCCACCAUCGAGGAUGCCCGCCUCCGACGGCAGCACUUGAAUGCCAGCGAAGCCAUUGACCAACAGUACUUCGAAAAUCUGGACACUAUCAACGGAAACGAGGACUAUUACAGCACGGCCUACUACAUCUUUGCCUGGCUCAACAGCCAGCUGAUGGCCCACCAGACUCCGGACAAACUGCUCGAGGAGAUUUUGCCUGGCGAAAAGGUUCUCAUUAGAAACUUUUUUGCCACAGUCAAGAUUCACUUGGUGAAAUAUCUACAAGUAAGCCGCCAGACCAGGCCCGAGUUUAUCGCUAAUGUCACUCGCUUGGCCGGUGAAACGGAGGAUGUUCUGAUCGAGUCCUAUCUGAGAUUCCCCCAUAACCUGGAAUCGCAGCUCCCGGAACUUCAGUUAAUGGACUAUACCAAACUAGCCAAGUCUAUUAUAGAGGGCAUAGCCACCGGCGUUUGGAGUGGUUAGUGGGUAGGUACC